AUGGCCACCAUCACAGCCUCACCACCUACAAUGUCUCCCCCUAUGGCCGCGGCCACCACCUCUCCUCCCAGUCUCACUCCUUUAAUUACUACCACCCCGACACCGCGGCGGACGAGUUCGCAAAGACCAACUUCCUAUGCUGAGAGACGGAUGUCAUCCUUUUCCACGAAUUCAAAAGGUUCCUACCUUCCGCAAUCCCGGCCGACGUCCUAUGUCUUUCCUGCCUUCCACUCGAGCCUCUCAUAUACCCUCGUUCGAGACUUCGCAUAUUUGACGACGCACCCUUUACACUACGGCCCCCCUCCAAAUCAAUCAGGUCUAUCUACACCGGCGAGCGAGUCGAGAAGAUUGUCGGAUCCCGCUGUCUCGUCAUGGGACGACUCUAGAGGCCAAUGGUCUGCAACCCCGCCCUGGAUUUCAGAAACUAACGCCAGCGGUUUUAGUCGGGAUCGAUUACCUGCAAUGACGUUUAAAGACGAUGGGCCUCCUUACAGCGAAGAUGAAGAUAUUCAAUCCCCGAUUGUCACCACCAGCAGACACAAAAAGCAUAAAUCAAAUGAGCGAGGGAGAUCUCCUGGAGCAGCUGGCCCCCAUCACGGCGUCGUGGUCGGCGCAGCGGGUCAUGCAGAAGACGCAGAUGGACCGGGUGAAGCCGUCGAUACCUAUGACAACAACGCGCUGCGAUUCCCGCACGCACCCCAACACCGAGACUCCAACUUCGCAAAACCCCUACAGCGCAAUCCGUCUCCUUAUGGUGACGAAGGGCCCGUGUCCGAGGACGAGUUCUCGGAUGCCGAAGACGAUGCCCGAUUCUCAAAAGACUAUUCAUUCACCAUUGCCAGUCCCGACGAGGAAAUGCACGGCAAGGCCGUCGCACUUUUUGAUUUCGAAAGCGAGCAUCAAAAUGAAUUACCCUUGAAGGAAGGUCAGAUAAUUCUGGUGUCGUAUCGGCACGGCCAGGGUUGGUUGGUGGCUGAAGAUCCCAGGACAGGCGAGAGUGGGCUCGUACCCGAAGAAUUCGUGCGUCUGGUUAGAGACAUUGAGGGCGGUCUACGCGGACUGAAUGCUGUGACUCUUGACGGUGAUGGGAAUAUGGACAGUAUCAUCAGCCCCGUGUCAACUGAUCCGAGCUCAAUCAAUACGCCAGUACCCAACAAUCACGACUUUCCUGCGCAGCAGCAACAUGGCUCGUACAAAUCUAACAGUAAUGGUGCGAGUUACGGCGAGAAACAUCCUCCGGUCCAGUCGAAUUUUAGCACUAGCAGUCGCGAUUUUAGCCCAUAUCCUUUCCCCGCCAAGGGCGAGGAUAACUUAGUGAAGGAGAGGGAAAGGGAACGAGAGAAGGCGACCGACACAAGCUAG